AUGGUGCUUGUUGCUUGGAGCAGGCAUACCCAGAGGCAUGUCGCUGUGAGCUGGUGGUCGGCCGUGUUGACGUUGGCGGUGCUGGUGUUGAUCGCAACAGACACUGCCAGCAGCAGCAGCAGCAACAACAACAACAACAACAACAACAACCAUUUCGCCUUGGAGGAUGGUGUUGUGGUGAUUGAAGACACCGUCAACGGCGACGUGGUCAUUAGCGUGCCCGAGAAUGCGACAGUUGAGCUGUGCGGCAACGUGUUUGUGUCAGGCACUCUCGUGUCCCGGGCACAUCUAAAUGACUCGACGCUCCUUGCCGCACCACGGUCCCAGCAGCACUGCAACAGUUGUGGCGCUCAAGCCUUCAUUGAACUGGCUGCACGAAACGACACCGGCGACGAACAGCCCGCCCAACACCUUGUGUUUUGCCCGCCCCCUUUCCCCCAACUAAACGACCACAACAGCAAGAACAGCAGCCAUUCCGUACUUCCCAUGCGCCAGAUGCACAUUGGGGGUCGCCUCCGUGUUCACGGCGUGGAUGUACUGGAUACGCUCGGGGCUGGCGUAGCAACAGAAUCCUCAGAAUCCUCAGAAUCCUCAGAAUCCUCAGAGUCACAGGUGAUUGGCGAUCCGUGCGAGUACACGGGUGUUACGACAAUCGCAGUGGACGCUGGCAAUCGGCUCUUGCUGUGCCCACCACACAACAAAUCGCACGUGCACAUCAAUGCCACCGUCAUCUUCCAUGGCCUGGUUUUGGCGCCAACUGCAAACGGCGAGGAAGAGGAGAACCCUUCCACCUCCAUGGCAACGACAAUACCAGCCGCAACCACAGCGACAGCGUCACCCACGCCGACGAAAACAACAACAACGAUGUUGGCGUCCGCAACUACAACAGAGAGGGCAUCCUCGACCGCCACUUCAAUCAAAAGUACGACCACGACAACAACAACAACAACAACAACAACAACAACAACAACAACAACAACAACAACAACAACAACAACAACAACAACAACAACAACAACAACAACAACAACAAUGACAACAACAACAACAACAACGAUGACAACGACGGUGGAAAUGGUGAUUCAUGAUGACCCACGAGCAUCAGGACUGCCCAUCUAUGGAACCGUCCAGGGCGCGACGUCCUACUGCAACGCGCACGGGCAGUUGUACGCCACCACAUACACUGUUUCGACCAGCUGCUGUGGCAGUUUUCAGUGUUUUGUAGUCAAUGGCAAUGGAGACUGCCUGACGACGACCACAACAUCCUUCCAAUCCAUCACCCGCAUCAUCUGUGCCGCCUGCCCACCCACACCUGCCAUUACCAAGUGCAUCAGCACUGAUUGCGUACCUCCAGAUGUCCAAUGCUAGUACGACAUGGUGGCGUGGUGGCCGCGUGCAUUUGUGUUUGGCUUGCAGGCAAAAACCCCUUAAGAUUGAAUGCAGU